AAAUUGACAGGUCUUUACAAAAGACCAUCCGAAUUUCGGAGCGUUACAAAUAUCUGAUUUUAAUCAGAUUGUGAGCCUGUUAUGUUACUAACCAUGUUAUGUUAAAUGUCACUAACCAUUUUAUGUUAAACGCUUCACGAACUGAAACACUUUGAACUUUGUACAAUACAAUCGAUAUGCUGUUCAGAUAUUUCGUUGUAAUUACACAAGGAAUUAAUCUAUCUACAUGUAUAGGCUUAAUCUUUACAUGUACUAGAGAUAAUUCAAGCUGCAAAUAUUGUCAAGAAAAACACGCUUAAAUAAUAACUUCAAAAUGCUGUUGGCUGCUGCAGUAACCUUUGUUAAAACUGUGUUGUGUGAAGUUAUCCUAUUCGGAAUAAAAGAUGAAUUUACGGGAUGUAGUCUCAGGGCCAGGGACAUGUUUGCUUUGUCACACGGAGACAGAAGUAUCAGACUGACAAGUGUGUCAACCAUAACUUCUCCCUACAUGCUCCCAGGAAUCACAACGUUAUCAACAGAAAGUCUGCCACUGGAUACCCGUCUCAUGCCGUCCAUUGGAAAUGGUCAUGUCGCAAUUGUGGUCAAAGGUGAUGCAGUUUUUAUGAAUGCACUUUACAAUGGACAUAACAUAACUAGUCAUCGUGCCAAAAUGCCAGCUGUACUUAUAAAAGACAUUGACAUAAAGAGUACCAGACGUCCCAAAUCAAACUAUAGUCUUGACUUAGCAGCAGCUAUGUUUAUAGAGGAAUAUAAAACGGAAAAUUUUUCAAUCCAACUAAAAAUGUUCGCUCACCGGGUUGUGAAACAGUUACUUGUAACCGUGUUGACAGUGCAGAACACAGGACCAGCCACCCUUACCCUAGAUUUGAAAACCACAAAAAUCUCUGAUACUGAAGACUUAGAAGUAACCUCAACCUCAAACCACUCUAUCGGUACCAUAAGUGGAAGAACAAAAAAGAGUGAAUAUGACAUCACAGGACUACAGAACGUUACCAUGAUACACACAUUAAUUCCAGAAGAAAUCACUAUAGAGCCCAAAAAGCAAAUAACCCAUCUUUACCUUCUGAGCAUCGAUUCAGAUCCAGGAAUCGCCAAGAAGUCUUUCAAUAAAGGUAUCGACAUGUUUUUCUAUCAGACACUCGAAUCCAGUCACGUGAACGCCUGGGCAAAAUUAUGGAAGUCUGGACGCGUUGACAUAAACGGAAAUAAAACUUUUGCUACCCUCGCCUAUUCAUCUUUGUAUUAUAUUUUAAGUUCUCUUCCUCUGGAAGAGUCCCGUGAUUUUGUUGGAUUGUCGCCUGGCGAUCUGGCUCAUGGAUCCGGUGAUCAGGAUUACAUGGGUCACGUGUUCUGGGACCAAGAAACGUGGAUGUAUCCCUCGAUACUUUUACUACACAGUCAGAUAGGGAAGGCCAUUGUUAAAACCAGAAUCAAAACAUUGGAAGCCGCUAAAGAAACAGCAAAAAUGAGAGGAUAUGAUGGCGCCAUGUAUCCGUGGGAAACUGCACUUUCAGGUCUUGAUGUAACAGCAGAUCCUAUAUAUUUCUUAAACGAACAACACAUUACCGGCGAUAUUUCAUUUGCUAUUAGACAGUACCUUUACCUGACACGUGACAUUUAUUUCCUGAAACAAGAAUCUGGACAACUUUUAACCAACGAAAUAGCCAAAUUUUGGGCUUCGCGUGUUACUUUCAAUUCUUCAACAAAUAUGUACGAAAUACACGACGUGAUGCCACCAGAUGAAUGGCACCAGCAAGUUAAUAACUCGGUCUUUACCAAUGCUGUUGCAAAACUGAGUCUUCUACUGCCAGAACUUGUCGGGAAUUUAACAAACACCAGGUCCGAUCCUAGGUUCAAAGCUAUUGCAGACCGAUUGUACAUUCCUUACGACAAGAAUAUGAACUAUCAUCCUGAGUUUGAUGGUUACUCAAAAAAUACCCAGGUAAAACAGGCAGAUGUUAUCUUGUUGGGAUUCCCUUUGAUGCUGAAUAUGCCACACAGUACUAGAAAGAAAGACCUACAGAUAUACGAAGCAGUAACACCUGGAGGACCCGCCCUUACCUGGAGUAUGUUUGCUGUGGGGAACCUGGAGAUUGGCAAUAUUGACAAGGCCUCCACACAGUUUACUGGGCAGCUCCUUAACGUCGCUAAGCCUUUCAAUGUUUGGACGGAGAACGCGGAUGGUACAGGGGCCGUUAAUUUUAUCACAGGGAUGGGCGGAUUUUUACAGUCCCUGUUAUUCGGUUAUGGUGGCAUCCGCCUUCAUCCAGACAGAAUCGAUUUCCAUGGACGCCUUCCACCGUCAACUUCUUCAUUAAAUAUCACAGGGCUGGACUAUCUAGGUGGAGCUAUAGAUUUGUGUUUUUCAGCGGAGUUUACUUCUGUUCGUCUAGUACAUUCAGCUCGAUAUGUUUUGCAACUGAGAACAGAAUUUAAAACCUCGAUUUUAUUAGUAGGAAAGACACAAGCUUUUCCAAACACUGUAGCAAGUAUUGUGCCAGAAAUGAAGAAAAAAUGAAUCGAUAAUUUACUUUAAAAUAUCAUUAAAUAUUUGUGCAGACUGUAUAAAUUAAAAACAGCAUAAUUUAUUGUACAUUUUGUUUUAUCAAACAUUUUUCUGUUGUAAGAAAAUAUAUGAAUAAAUUUGUUCA